UACAAGCUUCCUGGCCCUCGGAUCAACUGGUUUGAUUCGAUUUGGCCCUGUGACAAAGGAAGACUUUUUGCACACUCAUAUUAUGAAGAAUAUUUCGAGACUCGCUCCCGGAUAUCUGCGGAGCUGAACGCACAGAGCCCGUUCGGACCGACGGUGGAGAUGUGCACUUGGACAAUGCUUCACAUCAGUGGAAGGAUAUGUUUACUAUCAUCAUUUGAACCAUAAAAGAAAGUCAUUUCGGCUUUUUAACGAGACGCCCCUGAAAAAUCACACAGCGUCGGUUACUUCUUUUCCCCCACAAAGCUCUGUAAAUGCUCAGUUCGUUUGUGGCGCUUUGGAGGAGCGCAGCGCCUUGAAGUGGACCUUUUCUUGUGUGCCAAAGUGCUUUAGCUGCCCAGCUCAGUGUUUUUUUUAACUGCUUCAAGAAAGUGUUACCAGACGAUCGGAGCAGGGUGUAAAUGUUUGGAAUCCAGGAACAUUUGAUUCGUGAAGCAAGCGGAUUAAAAGAAAGAGGUCUUGGAGAGGAGAUGGAUCCAGUCCGGUCGUGGGUGCGCAAUGUUGGGGUUGUGGAUGCGAACGUCGCAGCGCAAAGUGGAGUGGCCCUGUCGAGAGCUCAUUUCGAGAAGCAACCGCCCUCAAAUCUCCGAAAGUCCAACUUUUUCCACUUUGUCCUGGCGCUCUACGACAGACACGGCCAACCUGUGGAAGUGGAGAGGACUGCGUUUGUAGACUUUGUGGAGCACGAAAAGACGGGAGAAAAGACCAACAACGGUACUCACUACAAGCUGCAGCUCCUCUACAGCAAUGGGGUUCGCACUGAGCAGGAUCUUUAUGCACGACUUAUCGACUCCGUCACUAAACAGCCCAUAUCGUAUGAGGGACAAAACAAGAAUCCAGAAAUGUGUCGAGUUCUGCUCACACACGAGGUUAUGUGCAGUCGCUGUUGUGAGAAGAAAAGUUGUGGCAAUCGAAAUGAGACGCCGUCCGAUCCAGUCAUCAUUGACAGGUUUUUCUUGAAGUUUUUCCUGAAAUGUAACCAGAAUUGUCUGAAGACAGCAGGAAACCCAAGGGACAUGAGGAGAUUUCAGGUGGUCCUGUCCAGCACUGUGAGUGUAGACGGUCACGUUCUAGCCGUGUCUGACAACAUGUUUGUCCACAACAACUCAAAACAUGGCAGAAGAGCCCGAAGACUGGAGCCAGGCGAGUCUGUGGAGAAUACGAUGGAAUAUGCUACCCCAUGUAUCAAAGCCAUCAGUCCGAGUGAAGGCUGGACCACCGGUGGUGCAAUGGUCAUAGUCAUUGGGGAGAACUUUUUUGACGGGCUACAAGUGGUGUUUGGAAGCAUGCUUGUGUGGAGUGAGCUGAUCACACCACACGCUAUCCGUGUCCAGACACCUCCGAGACACAUUCCCGGGGUUGUGGAAGUCACACUGUCUUAUAAAUCUAAGCAAUUCUGCAAAGGAGCACCCGGGCGCUUUAUCUAUACAGCUCUUAAUGAACCAACCAUAGAUUAUGGCUUUCAGCGUCUUCAGAAGGUUAUUCCUCGACACCCUGGUGACCCAGAGAAACUAGCUAAGGAGAUCCUCCUGAAAAGAGCAGCAGAUCUUGUGGAAGCUCUGUAUGGAAAUCCACACAGUAAUCAGGACAUGCUACUGAAACGCGCAGCUGACAUUGCCGAGGCGCUCUACAGUGUUCCCCGUCCUCACAGUCAGCUGCAGGCACUGCCUAGCUCACCAGCCCACGGCAGCGUCAUGGGCCUGGGCUCCUAUCCCUCUCAGUUGGGUGUGAGCAUCGGAGAGCCAGGACAGAGCAGCCAAGGUUACAUUCGCAACUCGAGCAGUUUGUCUCCAAGGGGUUACCCGUCAGCCUCAACUCCCCAGCAGUCAACCUAUGGCACCAGUGGAGGGAUGACUGGAGGCUAUGGGACGGUUCCCAUGACUAGUCUAGGCGUUCCUGGAUCUCCUGGUUUUAACAGUGCCUCCCCCACAGGCUCUCCCUACAUAAUGCCCUCUAGCCCCACUAUACCAGGAAGCUCCAGCUCCUCAUCUUCUCUUUUGCCUUUCUCCUCCUUCCCGUCUGCUGCUAAACAGAAGAGUGCUUUUGCUCCCGUCCUCAGGCCCCAAGGCUCUCCCUCCCCUGCCUGCCCCGCCUCAGGGGGGAACAGCUUCAGAGCAAUGACGGGCCUGGUUGUUCCCCCGAUGUAGCAAAGCACCCCCAAAUACCGCAGACCACUGCUUCACUUAGCCCCUCUUUUGGCACUACAAGGGCGGGGAGAAUGGAAAAUUGAUCACUAGCGACCAUGUACUGUAUAUCUUCCCUCCCCAACCCCCUAUGCUCGCCUUUUCUUAGUCUCUUUUUCAUCCAUCUGGAUGAAGAGCACGGGGUAUGAAAAUGUCCAAAGACCAACUAUCCACUGCAGACACGGAGGAGAAUUAUCCACCCACAACCACAGAGACCAUCCUCCUUAGCAGGCAGCACUAGACUGGACCAUAUACGGCCGUGUACGUGCGUGUGUAAUGAAGCCUCGGAAAAGAAACAGAUGAAGACUGCUUCGAAUUUCGCCUCAAGCUUCAAAAGCAUCUGCGUUGACUUCUGACCAACCAUCACAUGCAGUAUUCACCUUUUUUCCUCAACACCUGCAGCAAAACCACGGCCAGAGAUUUACAGGACGCACAACGAGAGCACUGAACACUGAUGGAUGACAGACAACUCAGAUAAAAGUUGCAGCUCUAAAAAGCAGGGUGCUAUUCUGUCUGCGUAUGGACACGUUAAACGGCAUGUGUGUAAACUGUCUGUGAGUUAGUGAGAGGUUUUUUUGUAGUAGACUUUUUGAAGACAAUUUACAUUCCAGAAAAACAAACCCUUUAUUUUUUGUUCCGAUCGUUACGGUUUUUCAAGGGAGAGCUCUUUGUCUCAAGGGUUAUUACUAAAGGAAUUCAUAUAUUGAUUUAUUUAAGAACAAGCAAUUUAACUUAUUAUUGUUAGUUUAGGUAAUAAUAUAAACGUGUUUUUAUACAGUGGUACUUUUUCCAGCUGUUAUUGACAUGAAUUUAUCUCAGCAGUUACUAAUGAAUUUGAUGAAUGAUCAGCGGAGAAGAUGAAUUCGGUUGGUUUUUUUUGAAGUAAACAUCCCCAGUUUGCAGUUUCUUGCAUAACGAUAUAUAUAUGUUGCAGAAGGUGAUUCUCCUUGUGUAAAGGAAAUGUUAGUUAGCCUUAUCUCUUUUUAAUUUCACUUUAAAUGCAUGCUCUCUUACACCGAUGCCCUGGUACUUUUUCACUCCACGUCACAAUUUUAAAUACAUACGACUGUGACUUUUACAUUUUACACAUCCAUGUUAAAUGUCUCAGCCCAGUACAGGUCUCUAGUCACUAUGCAGUACGGUAAAUAAAAGCACAAACGCUCAAAAAGAAAGAAAAGAAGCAGGCGUAUUAGGUGUUCACUGACCUUCAUCAUUCUGUUUUUACUUGUACUUCCUUACUUACAUUUUUUUCAGUACGACACAAACUGCAUUCUCAGGACGCGAAAAACAAAGAACACAAAGAACAGAUGACUCUUGCAAAAUUGUUUUUAGAGUUUGGUUAAUUUUAUUUAUUUAAAAAUUAUUAGCAAUUUAAUAUUAUGUUUUUGAAGCCAUCUUUCUUUGAAAUGAUACAAAAAAUGGUUGCAAAUGUGAUUUGUAUAUCUCAAGGUGUAAUUAUAUUUUGUGCUCCAAAUAAAAUGG